GACCUGGACCUACGCGACAACAGCCUGCGCUCGAUCGAGGAGAUCCUCAGCUUCCAGCACCUGCACAAGCUGACGACGCUCAAGCUGUGGCACAACCACAUCGCGACCAUCCCGGAGCACAUCAAGCGGCUCGGCCACCUGGAGCGCCUCUACCUGACGCGGAACCGCAUCGGCGUGCUCCCCUCGCACCUCUUCCUGUGCAACAAGCUGCGCCACCUCGACCUGGCGCACAACGAGAUCCGCUUCGUGCCGCCCGAGGUGGGCGUCCUGCAGAGCCUCCUCUUUUUGUCGCUCGCGGGCAACAAGGUGGAGUCCCUGCCCGAGGAGCUGUUCUUCUGCCGCAAGCUCAAGACGCUCAGGCUCGGCGGCAACGCCCUGACGACGCUGUCGCCCAAGGUGGCGUCGCUGGCGGCGCUCGCGACGCUGGAGCUGCGCGGCAACCCGCUCGAGGCGCUGCCGGCCGAGCUGCGGGAGUGCGCGUCGCUGCGGCGGUCGGGCCUCGUGGUGGAGCAGGAGGUGUACGACGCGCUGCCCGCGGACGUGCGCGAGAGGCUGGAGCGGCCCGAGUGACCGCGGUGGAGAGAGGUGG